GUCUUUCUGUGUUGUUGUCACUAUCUCAAAUCCUCUCUCCCUUUCUCUUUCACCACUGACAUGGCCGCCUACUCCACAGGCACAGAGCUUGGUUUCCCCUUCCCCAACCUUGACCCUGCCCUCCUCAACUGUUCCAUUGUUCCUCAACAACCAACCCAAAUUGCAGACAAAGUGAUGGACAUUUCGCCAUUGGAGGGUUUGUUCGAGCUUGAUUGGGAUUUGCGUUAUCAGAGCAACCACCUUGCCUUCAACGACUUCGACGAUCUCGAAAAUUUCAGCCGCUACUUCAACCAGCAACUCCCACCUCUCGAUGAAGAUUUUGAGGUCCACGAGCAAAAAUCCCUCAAGGUUGUUCUUCCUGUUCACUGCGGUGGCGGUGGUUCCGGCGGCGAAGCUAUUGGGAUUGAGUUUGGUGCUGGUGUGACUGUGAAGAAAGAGAUGGAGGAGGAGGAGAAGGUGGAGAAGAUGCCACCAUUGGCGUUAACGUUACCAAGUAGCAGCAGCAGCAGAGUCAGUGUGAAGAAGAGUUGUUCAAGAAAGUUGGAAUUUGCUGAAAUCAAGAAGCAUUUUGGGGUGAAGAUUUCUGAGGCGGCGAAGAACAUGAAUGUUGGCUUGACCUUCCUCAAGAGAAGGUGCAGGGAGCUCAAAAUCAUGAGGUGGCCUCACAGAAAACUCAAGAGCUUGAACUCUCUCAUCGACAAUGUCAAGGAAUUGGGAUUUGAAAAUGAGCUUGCCAAGUUGGAGAAGCAGAGAAGAAUGUUGGAGAGAGAGCCAGGAAUGGAGCUGAAUUUGGAAACCAUGAAGCUGAGGCAGGCUUGUUUCAAAGCAAAUUACAAGAGGAGGAGAAGAUGCUUGACCAUUCAAGCUUGAAGAACUUGAUGCUGAUCAUUUUGCCUGGGAUAAUGGAGUUAAAUAUAACAGAACAUAUGAAGAAACAGAACACAGAAGAUUGUAGAGAAGGACUCACUUGGUAGGUAGAUAGGGAUAUUUUGACAG